AGAAGAAGAGGCAUAGGUCCUGAUCAGAUCUGGCUGUCUGGAUUCUUCGCCGGCAAAGAAAAUGAAAGAUGCCCGCUCACUCCUACUAGUCCUCCUCGCCGUGACGUCACUGCUCUCCACCGCCGCCUUCGCCGAUUCAAUCCACGGCUGCGGCGGCUUCGUCGAGGCGAGCUCUGCUUUGAUCAAGGCCAGGAAGGCCUCCGAUGCUAAAUUGGACUAUUCUCACAUCACGGUUGAGCUUCGAACUGUUGAUGGAUUGCUCAAAGAGAGUACUCAGUGUGCUCCCAAUGGCUACUACUUCAUCCCCGUCUACGACAAGGGCUCUUUUGUGAUUAAAAUCAACGGACCCCAAGGAUGGUCAUUGCACCCUGAUAAGGUUCCGGUCGUUGUUGAUAACACUGGCUGCAAUGGCAGUGAAGAUAUUAAUUUCCGGUUUACAGGGUUCUCCAUUUCUGGUAGAGUUCUGGGAGCUGUUGGUGGAGAGAGCUGUGCUCUUCAAGAUGGAGGUCCCUCAGACAUCAAAGUCGAACUUUUGUCAGACAGUGGUGAUGUUGUUUCUUCUGUUUCAACUUCGUCAGGGGGAAGCUUCUUGUUCAAGAAUAUUAUUCCAGGAAAAUAUGAAAUACGUGCUUCGCAUCCUGACUUGAAAGUUGAAAUAAGAGGUUCAACAGAGGUGAAUGUGGGAUUUGGUAACGGUGUAGUUGAUGACAUUUUCUUUGUUCCUGGCUAUGACAUAAGCGGAUUUGUUGUUUCUCAGGGGAAUCCAAUAUUAGGAGUUCAUGUUUAUUUACACUCAGAUGAUGUCUUAGAGGUAAAUUGUCCCCAAGGUUCUGGUACAGGCUCUGAAAUGAAGAAGGCUCUUUGCCACGCCAUAUCUGAUGCACAUGGAAAAUUCAUGUUCAAGUCGCUACCUUGCGGAACUUAUGAGCUAAUACCUUACUACAAGGGAGAAAACACGGUCUUUGAUGUUUCACCUCCCGUCAUGUCAGUGACUGUUGAACAUCAACAUGUGACAGUUCCGCAAACAUUCCAGGUCACUGGAUUUUCUGUUGGAGGGCGUGUCGUUGACGGAAACAACAUGGGUGUUGAAGGUGUUAAGAUUAUAGUUGAUGGUCAUGAAAGGUCCAUCACCGACAAACAAGGUUAUUACAAGCUUGACCAGGUUACUUCCAAUCGCUAUACAAUAGAAGCCACAAAGGAGCAUUACAAGUUCAGUAAUCUGAAGGAUUAUUUGGUAUUGCCGAACAUGGCUUCUGUUGUGGACAUUAAAGCAGUUUCCUAUGGUGUCUGCGGUGUGGUGCAGAUGGUUAGUGCUGGUUACAAGGCAAAGGUGGCUUUGACUCAUGGACCUGAAAAUGUCAAACCACAAGUGAAGCAAACCAAUGGAAAUGGAAAUUUCUGCUUCGAGGUUCCAACUGGUGAAUAUCGUUUAUCUGCUUUGGCACCUGAGAGUGCUUCUGGUAUACUGUUUGUGCCAUCUCAUAUUGAUGUUGUGGUCAAAAGUCCAUUAUUGAACGUCAAAUUUUCUCAGGCACUAGUUACAGUACGCGGAACUGUAGUCUGCAAAGAGAAGUGUGGCACAUCUGUUUCUGUUGCCCUUAGCAGUAUAGGUGGUAAGCGUAAUGAAAAGACAGAGACAAUUAGUUUGACUGAUGAGAGUAGUGAAUUUCUCUUUCAUGACGUCAUCCCUGGAAAAUACAGAGUUGAGGUUAAACGCAACUCCCGGGAAUCUGUUAAUGGAGAAGAUAAUUGGUGCUGGAAGCAAAGCUCGAUUGAUGUGGAUGUUGGUGUUGAUGACGUAAAAGGAAUUGAAUUUGUCCAGAAAGGUUACUGGAUCCGUUUGAUUUCCACCCAUGAUGUAGAUGCUUCUAUGAUUCAUCCAGAUGGUUCAUCCAUGGAUUUAAAAAUUAAGAAGGGUUCCCAGAAUAUAUGUGUGGAACAUCCUGGAGUACACGAACUUCUUUUUGUCAACUCUUGUAUUUUCUUUGGGAGCUCAUCAAUUAAGAUUGAUACAUCAAACCCAUCGCCUAUUCAUCUAAAAGGAGAGAAGUACCUUCUUAAAGGACAAAUCAAUGUUGCAUCAAGCUCAUCUGAUGGUGUGCACAAGUUAUCUGAGAAUUUUAUUGUAGACAUUGUGAAUUCUGAGGGCAGUAUUAUAGAUAGUACAACAGCUGGACUUGCUCCCAUUGGAAACGAGCAAACAAGUUAUUCUGUUUAUGAGUUCUCUGUAUGGGCCAAACUUGGAGAAAAACUUAUCUUUGUUCCUCGGGAUGCAAGAAAUAAUGACAUGGGGAAGAUAUUGUUUUAUCCCAGACAACAUUAUGUUGUGGUUAAUAAUGAUGGUUGUCAAGCUAUGAUCCCUACAUUUGAUGGUCGAUUAGGUUUAUAUAUUAAAGGAUCAGUGUCUCCCCCUCUUUCUGAUGUUCAUAUUAAGAUCAUUGCUGCUGGAGAUAGCCACAUUGCACAACUUAAGGAAGGGGAAUUAGUUGUUGAAACUGCCACAGCAACAGAUGGCUCAUUUGUUGGGGGGCCUUUAUAUGAUGAUAUAACAUACAAUGUUGAGGCUUCAAAGCUUGGCUACCAUUUAAAACAAGUUGGUCCUCAUUCCUUUUCCUGUCAGAAGCUUGGCCAAAUUGCUGUAGAUAUAUAUUCUAAAGAUGACGCCAGAGAGCUCAUUCCUUCUGUGUUGUUAUCUUUGAGUGGCGAUGAUGGCUACAGAAACAACUCGGUAUCUGGAGCUGGUGGAGCAUUCCUCUUUAGUAACUUAUUUCCUGGAACUUUCUAUUUACGUCCUCUGCUAAAGGAGUAUGCCUUCUCUCCUCCAUCACAGGCUAUUGAUCUUGGCUCCGGGGAGUCUAAAGAAGCUAUUUUCCAGGCCACUCGCGUUGCAUACAGUGCCAUGGGUGUGGUCGCUUUGUUGUCUGGCCAACCAAAAGAAGGUGUGUUAAUUGAGGCCAGAUCAGAAUCAAAAGGCUUCUAUGAGGAAACAGUGACUGACUCAUCUGGAAGUUAUCGUUUGAGAGGACUUCUUCCUGACACAACCUAUGUAAUCAAAGUAGUACAAAGGGAUGGGUUGGGCAGCAGUGAAAUUGAGAGGGCAUCACCUGACUCUGUUCCGGUUAAGGUUGGGUACGAAGAUAUCAAAGGAUUAGAUUUUCUGGUGUUUGAACAGCCAGACAAAACUAUUUUAAGUUGCCAUGUCGAAGGAAAGAGAAAUGAGGAACUGCACUCGCAUUUACUGGUGGAAAUCAAAUCAUCUGGUGAAAAUCCUAAGAUUCAAUCCGUCUUCCCACUUCCGCUUUCAAACUUUUUCCAGGUGAAGGACUUACCCAAGGGUAAGCACCUUCUGCAACUCCGGUCUAGUCUUCCAUCUAGCAGCCACAAAUUUGAAUCCGAAAUUAUUGAGGUCGAUUUAGAGAAGAAUGCUCAUAUUCAUGUUGGCCCACUCAAAUACAGUUUUGAAGAGGAUCACCAGAAGCAGGAUUUGACUCCAGCUCCGGUUUUUCCUCUUAUCGUAGGAGUUUCAGUGAUUGCUCUAUUUAUUAGUAUCCCAAGGUUGAACGAUUUGUAUCAAUCCAUGAUUGGAACACCAACACCUGGGUUCACUACAACCGCAAAGAAGGAAGUGAGGAAGCCCAUGUUGAGAAAAAAGACGUACUGAUCUGUUUGUGCCCGAUAGAUGUGCCUCGAGUGACUUCAACUGUCAAUCUGAUUAGCCCUUGCAACUUCAAGGUUAUAGAAAGAGCUAGGAAUUGGAAACUGGUCAGGCUAUUUCAUCCCUGAUGUAGUAGACUCGCAUUGUUUUGCAGUCAAAAUUUUGGAUCAUUCUUUAUAGCAGAAACUUAUACCAUGGUUGAGGUCCCCUCUGUAAUACAUAGUAUGCUUCUUUUCUUAGGAAAAGCUUGCACCAAUUCAUGCCCAAAUUUUUCUGGCUCCAUGACUUGCACCAUGGUUUUGGCCCUUCAUGACCUAAUUCUUGGCCUUCUAUCUAUCCUGUAUUAUUGUAAUGAAUACAAGGAUAAGAGGGCUCAGUUAGGAGCACGUAAUGUCUGUAUUUCCUACAUUUUUCACUAUAAAUAGGUGUACCACAGGAACUAGUUGACAUGUUUG